AUGUCUGAUCCCGUUAUCAAGGAAAUUCCUAUCCGCAUUAACGGGCCGCCCCUUCUGAUGGUCCAACAACCAACAGUCCAAAAAUACAGCACAAUAUCACAAACACGACUUAAGCCCGCUAGCGGUGUCCUGGAAAUGGACAUACCAACUGACACCUCACGUUUUUACGAUGAGAGCAAAGCUUCCAAAUGGGGAGGCACUAACUACCAAACGCUAAAGGGAGUGCUAGUGGACGGAAACGGAUAUUAUGUAGGGCGUGUGUCUGAAGGAGAACUCCAUCUCAGCCCUGUUACGAAGACAUGCCAGCUGAGACCCUCGUUCAAGUACAUUGACGAAAUGAAGGCUCGCAAACAGCAGAAAGAAAAAGAAUUGAAUAAACAGUUGGACGAACAUAUGAUGUCGGAGGACAAGAAGAAGGCGCACGUGGUGCAGAUGACAGCAAAAUCUACAAACGAAAAUGCUCUCAGACUCGGAGGCGCUUUGGUGAGCAAAAAGCUGGAAGACGAGGAAGAUUGGGUGGUGUAUGAGUAUAAAAGAAGUGUACAGUAAUUUAAGAAUCAAUUCAUAGCUAGCUGUUUAUUUUCCCAACUCAACAACCUUCUCAGCGGCCUCGUCAAGGUCCUCGAACAAGUACAACUUCAAGCCGGACUCGCUGAUGAGUUCCUUGGCGAUGUCAAGGUUGGUACCUUGCAAUCUAACAACGACAGGAAUGGUCAAAGACAGGUUCUUGGUGGCAGCAAUCAGACCCUCGGCAACGUAGUCACAUCUAACAAUACCUCCGAAGAUGUUGACGAAGAUGGCCUUGACACCCUUCUCGGAGAUGAUCAGCUUGAAAGCCUCCUCAAUGGUCUCUGGAGUGGCAGUUCCACCAACAUCGAGGAAGUUAGCUGGAGAUCCACCGUACAACUGAACAACAUCCAUGGUAGCCAUAGCCAAUCCAGCACCAUUGACCAAGCAGCCGAUGUUGCCGUCCAACUUGAUGAAGUUCAGGCCAAACUUGCUGGCAUGGACCUCGUCUGGGUCCUCUUGGGUCAGAUCUCUCCAAGAGAAGACCUCCUCUUGUCUGAAAGCAGCGUUGUCGUCAAAUCCGAACUUGGCAUCCAUGCACAUCACCUCGUGGUCGACCGUUUCCGUCAAUGGGUUGAUCUCAAUCUGAGUGGCAUCUUUGUCCUUGAAAAUCUGGUAGAGUUUUUUGAUGGUAUCGGCAGCCUUUGGAACUGCCUCUGGAGAGAAUUUAAGUCCGGAGGCAAUUUGCUUGGCCAGCUCGUCGCUAAUGCCUUGGUUGUAGUCCACAGGGUACUUCUUGAUGGCGUCAGGGUUCUCCUUGGCAACACCCUCAAUAUCGACACCACCCUCCGAUGAGGCCACCACCAAAGUGGACUGGUUUUUCCUGUCCAUGAUAAUAGACAGGUAAGCCUCACGCUUGGCGUAUUUUCUCUCGACAACGUAGACGGCAGUAACCUCCUUCCCGGCAGCACCAGUCUGUUUGGUGAUCAGCUUAUGGCCAAUCAUUUUGGAAGCGAGGUCCUUGGCCUCCUCUGGGGUCUCAAUGAGUCUGACACCUGACUUCAAGCCAUUGUCAAAAUGGCCCUUACCUCUGCCUCCCGUCAGAGCCUGGGCCUUGAUGACCAGCUCCUUGGUGCCGAGCGACUUGGCGAUCUCGUAAGCGCCCUGUGGAGUGGUAGCUGCAUCUCCCUUAGGCACGGGCACACCGUAUGAUCUGAGCAACUGAGCAGAUCUGUACUCAUGGAUGGACAAAAAUCUUCUUUGCGACUAACGCGUUAGAAAGGCAAUGGCUGACGUGGACA